AUGAGGAGGGAGGAGGGUGAGGAGCAGGACACAUUUUCUUCCAUUGGGAGGGAGGAGGAUGAGGCGCAGGACACAUUUUCUUCCAUUGGAAGGGAGGAGGAUGAGGAGCAGGACACAUUUUGUUCCAUUGGGAGGGAGGAGGAUGAGGCGCAGGACACAUUUUCUUCCAUUGGAAGGGAGGAGGAUGAGGAGCAGGACACAUUUUCUUCCAUUGGGAGGGAGAAGGAUGAGGAGCAGGACACAUUUUCUUCCAUUGGGAGGGAGGAGGAUGAGGAGCAGGACACAUUUUCUUCCAUUAGGAGGGAGAAGGAUGAGGAGCACGACAAAUUUUCUUCCAUUGGGAGGCAGGAGGAUGAGGAGCAGGACACAUUUUCUUCCAUUGGGAGGGAGGAGGAUGAGGAGCAGGACACAUUUUCUUCCAUUGGGAAGGAGAAGGAUGAGGAGCACGACACAUUUUCUUCCAUUGGGAGGGAGGAGGAUGAGGAGCAGGACACAUUUUCUUCCAUUGGGAGGGAGAAGGAUGAGGAGCAGGACACAUUUUCUUCCAUUGGGAGGGAGGAGGAUGAGGAGCAGGACACAUUUUCUUCCAUUGGGAGGGAGGAGGAUGAGGAGCAGGACACAUUUUCUUCCAUUGGGAGGGAGAAGGAUGAGGAGCACGACAAAUUUUCUUCCAUUGGGAGGCAGGAGGAUGAGGAGCAGGACACAUUUUCUUCCAUUGGGAGGGAGGAGGAUGAGGAGCAGGACACAUUUUCUUCCAUUGGGAGGGAGAAGGAUGAGGAGCACGACACAUUUUCUUCCAUUGGGAGGGAGGAGGAUGAGGAGCAGGACACAUUUUCUUCCAUUGGGAGGGAGAAGGAUGAGGAGCAGGACACAUUUUCUUCCAUUGGGAGGGAGAAGGAUGAGGAGCACGACACAUUUUCUUCCAUUGGGAGGGAGGAGAAUGAGGAGCAGGACACAUUUUCUUCCAUUGGGAGGGAGGAGGAUGAGGAGCAGGACACAUUUUCUUCCAUUGGGAGGGACGAGGUUGAGGAGUACGACACAUUUUCUUCCAUUGGGAGGGAGGAGGGUGAGGAGCAGGACACAUUUUCUUCCAUUGGGAGGGACGAGGUUGAGGAGUACGACACAUUUUCUUCCAUUGGGAGGGAGGAGGGUGAGGAGCAGGACACAUUUUCUUCCAUUGGGAGGGAGGUGGAUGAGGAGCAGGACACAUUAUCUUCCAUUGGGAGGGAGGAGGAUGAGGAGCACGACACAUUUUCUUCCAUUGGGAGGGAGGAGGAUGAGGAGCACGACACAUUUUCUUCCAUUGGGAGGGAGGAGGAUGAGGAGCACGACACAUUUUCUUCCGUUGGGAGGGAGGAGGAUGAGGAGCACGACACAUUUUCUUCCAUUGGGAGGGAGGAGGAUGAGGAGCACGACACACUUUCUUCCAUUGGGAGGGAGGAGGAUGAGGAGCACGACACAUUUUCUUCCAUUGGGAGGGAGGAGGAUGAGGAGCACGACACAUUUUCUUCCAUUGGGAGGGAGGAGGAUGAGGAGCACGACACAUUUUCUUCCAUUGGGAGGGAGGAGGAUGAGGAGCACGACACAUUUUCUUCCAUAGGGAGGGAGGAGGAUGAGGAGCACGACACAUUUUCUUCCAUUGGGAGGGAGGAGGAUGAGGAGCACGACACAUUUUCUUCCAUUGGGAGGGAGGAGGAUGAGGAGCACGACACAUUUUCUUCCAUUGGGAGGGAGGAGGAUGAGGAGCACGACACAUUUUCUUCCAUUGGGAGGGAGGAGGAUGAGGAGCACGACACAUUUUCUUCCAUUGGGAGGGAGGAGGAUGAGGAGCACGACACAUUUUCUUCCAUUGGGAGGGAGGAGGAUGAGGAGCACGACACAUUUUCUUCCAUUGGGAGGGAGGAGGAUGAGGAGCACGACACAUUUUCUUCCAUUGGGAGGGAGGAGGAUGAUGAGCACGACACAUUUUCUUCCAUUGGGAGGGAGGAGGAUGAGGAGCACGACACAUUUUCUUCCAUUGGGAGGGAGGAGGGUGAGGAUCAGGACACAUUUUCUUCCAUUGGGAGGGAGGAGGAUGAGGAGCACGACACAUUUUCUUCCAUUGGGAGGGAGGAGGAUGAGGAGCACGACACAUUUUCUUCCAUUGGGAGGGAGGAGGAUGAGGAGCACGACACAUUUUCUUCCAUUGGGAGGGAGGAGGAUGAGGAGCACGACACAUUUUCUUCCAUUGGGAGGGAGGAGGAUGAUGAGCACGACACAUUUUCUUCCAUUGGGAGGGAGGAGGAUGAGGAGCACGACACAUUUUAUUCCAUUGGGAGGGAGGAGGGUGAGGAUCAGGACACAUUUUCUUCCAUUGGGAGGGAGGAGGAUGAGGAGCACGACACAUUUUCUUCCAUUGGGAGGGAGGAGGAUGAGGAGCACGACACAUUUUCUUCCAUUGGGAGGGAGGAGGAUGAGGAGCACGACACAUUUUCUUCCAUUGGGAGGGAGGAGGGUGAGGAGCACGACACAUUUUCUUCCAUUGGGAGGGAGGAGGAUGAGGAGCACGACACAUUUUCUUCCAUUGGGAGGGAGGAGGAUGAGGAGCACGACACAUUUUCUUCCAUUGGGAGGGAGGAGGAUGAGGAGCACGACACAUUUUCUUCCAUUGGGAGGGAGGAGGAUGAGGAGCACGACACAUUUUCUUCCAUUGGGAGGGAGGAGGAUGAGGAGCACGACACAUUUUCUUCCAUUGGGAGGGAGGAGGAUGAGGAGCACGAGAAAUUUUCUUCCAUUGGGAGGGAGGAGGGUGAGGAGCACGACACAUUUUCUUCCAUUGGGAGGGAGGAGGAUGAGGAGCACGACACAUUUUCUUCCAUUGGGAGGGAGGAGGAUGAGGAGCACGACACAUUUUCUUCCAUUGGGAGGGAGGAGGAUGAGGAGCACGACACAUUUUCUUCCAUUGGGAGGGAGGAGGAUGAGGAGCACGACACAUUUUCUUCCAUUGGGAGGGAGGAGGAUGAGGAGCACGAGAAAUUUUCUUCCAUUGGGAGGGAGGAGGGUGAGGAGCACGACACAUUUUCUUCCAUUGGGAGGGAGGAGGGUGAGGAGCACGACACAUUUUCUUCCAUUGGGAGGGAGGAGGAUGAGGAGCACGACACAUUUUCUUCCAUUGGGAGGGAGGAGGAUGAGGAGCACGACACAUUUUCUUCCAUUGGGAGGGAGGAGGAUGAGGAGCACGACACAUUUUCUUCCAUUGGGAGGGAGGAGGAUGAGGAGCACGACACAUUUUCUUCCAUUGGGAGGGAGGAGGAUGAGGAGCACGACACAUUUUCUUCCAUUGGGAGGGAGGAGGAUGAGGAGCACGACACAUUUUCUUCUAUUGGGAGGGAGGAGGAUGAGGAGCACAACACAUUUUCUUCCAUUGGGAGGGAGGAGGAUGAGGAGCACGACACAUUUUCUUCCAUUGGGAGGGAGGAGGAUGAGGAGCACGAUACAUUUUCUUCCAUUGGGAGGGAGGAGGAUGAGGAGCAAGACACAUUUUCUUCCAUUGGGAGGGAGGAGGAUGAGGAGCACGAUACAUUUUCUUCCAUUGGGAGGGAGGAGGGUGAGGAGCAGGACACAUUUUCUUCCAUUGGGAGGGAGGAGGAUGAGGAGCAAGACACAUUUUCUUCCAUUGGGAGGGAGGAGGAUGAGGAGCACGAUACAUUUUCUUCCAUUGGGAGGGAGGAGGGUGAGGAGCAGGACACAUUUUCUUCCAUUGGGAGGGAGGAGGAUGAGGAGCAGGACACAUUUUCUUCCAUUGGGAGGGAGGAGGAUGAGGAGCACGAUACAUUUUCUUCCAUUGGGAGGGAGGAGGAUGAGGAGCAGGACACAUUUUCUUCCAUUAGGAGGGAGGAGGGUGAGGAGCACGACAAAUUUUCUUCCAUUGGGAGGGAGGAGGAUGAGGAGCACGAUACAUUUUCUUCCAUUGGGAGGGAGGAGGGUGAGGAGCAGGACACAUUUUCUUCCAUUGAAAGGGACAUCUGUUGCACCACAGGAAGGGAGGAGGGUGAGGAGCACGACACAUUUUCUUCCAUUGGGAAGGAGGAGGGUGAGGAGCACGACACAUUUUCUUCCAUUGGGAAGGAGGAGGGUGAGGAGCACGACACAUUUUCUCCCUUUGGGAGGGAGGAGGGUGAGGAGCAGGACACAUAUUCUUCCAUUGGGAGGGAGGAGGGUGAGGAGCAUGACACAUUUUCUUCCAUUGGGAGGGAGGAGGGUGAGGAGGACGACACAUUUUCUUCCAUUGGGCGGAAGGAGGGUGAGGAGCACGACACAUUUUGA